AUGAGGGUCCUGCGGGUUUCCCAGGCGCUGAUUCGCUCCUUUAGCUCCACAGCCAGGAACCGCAUGGAGAACCGAGUCGCGGAAAAACAGAAACUGUUCCAGGCAGACAAUGACCUUCCGGUGCAUUUGAAAGGCGGGGGAAUGGACGGCAUCCUAUACCGCCUGACUAUGGCUCUGUGCUUAGGGGGCACCGUCUACAGCCUGUACUGCCUGGGCUGGGCCUCCUACCCCCACAAGAAGUGA